AUGAAAAUAUGGAUAUAUCCCACAGGAGAUUUACAAGUUGUGGCAGCCGCUGGCAAAACUGAACUGCGCAUGCGCACAAAUGGAACGAAGUUUGAUGACGGCCGAUUACACACCGUCCGAAUGAACAGGGUGCACAAACAGCUCUCGCAUAAUGAUUUAGCCAAAAGAAAAGAAACCUUUAAACUAUAUUAUUCGCAAUACUGCAAGAGUUUAAAACACCUUAUGUUAUAUUCAAGCGACAAAUCUUAAAUAAUCCUCUUUGUCGCUGGUACUCUGAGAUGGGACUUGAAUCCAUGAGCUUUUGCAAUCUGGGCGACUGAUCCAACCACUGAGCUACCCCGGAUCUAACAGAACUGAAGAAUUUUUCAAGCAAUUGUUACUUUUUCGCUGCUGCAGAACAUAUUUCAUCUAUGUUCAUGUAAUCCACCUAAACAGCCGAAAGAAAUAUUUUUACAAAUCGAGUCCCAUCUCAGAGUGCCAGCACGUGUAGCAUGACAAACUCGAGAAACGCUUUGUCUACACCAAAAUGUCACUUUCUCGGGUCGAGAGUGAGAAGUUGUAUGAGCGCACCCGAGAAAAGUGACAUUUGAGUGUAGACAAAACGUUCUCGAGUUCGUCAUGCUACCCGUGCUAGUACAAAGUGGAUUUUUUAAAAUAUUUUUCAUUGAGAAUAUUUUUCAGUAUACCAUUGUAAAUGCAAAAUUGAUCAAAUACAAUAACAUGCAUAAUAUGUUCGAUUUAAUGAGGUACUUAUGGCAUUGCGUAUAGCUAGAGUUGUGGGUGGACGACGUGCGCGUGUCGCACGGCGCGCUGGCGGGCGGGGCGAUGCGCGCGCGCCCGCGGGGACUGUUCGUCGGCGGGAUCAACGCUACGCUCAAUGUGAACACUUCCUUCCCAACUGCGGGAUUCACUGGCACCGUGGCCGAUGUCAUCGUUGAUUCUCAGUAAGUAAAAACUUCUUAGCGAACUAUUUUGUUUGAAACCCCUAUUACGAGAGUGCUUAAAGAUUUCUAACCCGCCAUGUCGGGCCGUCCGAUAUACUAGAUUUGAAAUUGUUGUAACUGAACUAACCUAACUAAGUCAUCUAAACUAAAUUUGAUUCCAUCGGUUGAGGAUAAGUCCUUAAAAUAGAAGUAUAGGAAGCUAUUAAUUACAUUUUUUACGGUAACAAAUAAUCUUUCAAUCGCAGGGCGAACAAUAGUGGGCUUCGAGACGGCGGUGGCGUGGACGGGCGCGCAGCUGGGGCGCGCGGAGGGGGGCGACAGCGCACGCGCGGGGGCCGACCCGCCCCGCCCCCUGCACGCCGCGCCCGACGACGCCGCGCCCUGCACUAAGAGUCCGUCGUACACUGUGGAGGCGGGGGCGGUUAAGUUCGGUGACGCAGCGCACAGUCACGCGGCGCUGCGGCUGCCGGCGCGCGCUCGCACGCUGCAGCUCUCGCUACAGUACCGCACCUUCCGCACCGAUGGACUGCUGCUGCUAGCGCCGGUAUUACACAUAUACACUACAGGUCCAAAGACAAAACCGAAGCAUUACUUAGCGCUAAUGAUCCGAGACGGCAAAUUGAAGCUCGUGGUGCGCGGACGCAAGCGAAGAGAACUCGCUCUGGACGCUUUCGUCGCCGACGGCACUUGGAGAUCGUCGGCGCGGGCGCCGGGCCCCCCGCCGCGCGCGCACCGCCUCUACGUGGGCGGCGCGCCCCCGCCCCCCGCCGCACGCAUGCUGCCGCCCGCUAUCAGUCGCGUGGGCGGGUUCGUGGGGUGCGUGCGGCGCGUGUCGGUCAACAACCGCGCCGAGGACCUGGUGCGGGACGCGCGCGACCACCACGCGGUCGGACAGUGCUUCCCCGACGUGGAACAGGCUGCAUACUUCGCAGGUGAUGCGUACGCGGCGGUAAACGGUGUGGAAGAGAGCGCGGAGGUGCGGAUUAAAUUCCGCAGUUCGGCGCCGCGCGGCAUACUGCUCGCCGCUGAAGGGUUACUGCUGGAAUUGCGAGAUGGAAAGGUGGUGUUGACGCGAUACUCGGAGGGGUCGGAGACGGGGCGUGCGGAGUCUUGGGGCGCGGGGGGCGAAGAGGGCGCGGGGGGCGCGGGGGCGCGCGCGGUGUGCGACGGGCGCUGGCACGUGGCGGGCGUGCGCGGCGCCGCGCUGUCCGUGGACCGGCUGCCCCCCGCGCGCCUCACGCCCGCGCUGCUGCACGACGCCGCGCCCGCGCCGCCGCGCCUGCUCUACGUGGCCGGCGCACCAGAAGGCACGGCUGACCUGCCGGACGGUGGACGGGAGAACUUCAAGGGUUGUAUAGCCGAGGUGUGGGUGGGGGGUCGCGCCGUCUCCUGGAGCGAGAUGAAGACGCACAACGUGCUGCUGGACUCCUGCCCCAAGCGGUGACGGUGACCGAGAUCCCACCAUAGAGCUCGCCGAUCAUACCAACGUUAUUGAUAACGAACUCCAAUGCGAGCUCACUUAGCUACUGAAGUUAAUGUGUUACAGAGAUUGCUACUCUGUUGAAGUGGAUACAGAGCGGAAUUUAAAUUGACCGAAAUUGAUCCUAAUCUCCUCUAUCGACUCCGCUUUAUUCAGUUUUACUUAAUUGAUAUUAAACUCUAUUAGCACUGGCGAUGGCGAUUAUUCCACCGACAAGAGUGGAAAAAUAAUCUAGAGACAAAGAAUUAUGCGAGUGAAAAUUACAGGCAUCUGUACUGCCAACUUCAAUUACAUUCAUAAGCACACAGGUACAACUAGAUAUGAAAACAGUUUUAUUUAAUGAAUGGAAACAUAGUUUAAGACUAUUCUACGUGAUUUAUUUAUAACACAUGUACUACAAUGGUAUUAUCCAUUUCUGCAAAUCAAAUUUACUAAACUCACGAUAGAUAUCACUGAUCUUAAUUAUGCCUGGCUGAUAUUAAAUCAUUUGACCUACAAUCGCAAUGGAAACGUUGCUUAAAAUAAUUUUUAUAACGUUAUAUA